ACAGAAAGAACACACAAGCUUGGUCGUCAUCUUGUCAAAGCUAAGUUUUCCUUCAAAAUAUAAUGUGAGAUUUGAUCUUUGACCUCUUUGUAUAAAAGGCACCUCGCAUCACAAAAUAUGACUGACGAGGAUGUUGUGGACAAGGAUACAUGUUACAAUGUUUAGCGGACUCGAAAUUGAAAGUUUAAUAUCUCACUUGGACGGGGGUGUGCUGUAGACUUCUUUCAAGCAUCCAAAGAUAAACUGGAAUAGACAACCAAUACCAGAACAGCCGAGAAGGCAAAUGACCACUUAGUAACGAUUUUUGUCCCCUAAUGAUACGUUUUGGCCAACAAACUAAUAGCUAACCUUACAGGCAAAAGUGGUACUCCCACAGGCUGGGGUGAUGUUUGACUAAUGCUGUAAGACUGACAGAGAGUUAAGAGAAAUUGUGUGAAUAUUAAGCCUCAUUUGAAGCCAGCUAAAUAGUGAGAGUAGCAGGUUGGAUGCAUUUUGUGUAGCGUGUUGCUGCGGUAUGUUUAUUUAUUUGAUAAGACAUUUCCUGAUGAUAUAAUUACCUGUGAAAAACAAACAGAAAAUUGCAGGAAUUAAUUUGCAUGGCAACAUUGUGUAACUUUGCUUAGCAUCAUCACAUCAUGGUGCCGGCAUCAGACGAUGACAUGCAAAUAUAAUAUGGUAAAUUAUAGGGACUACCGGCGUGGCUCCGCGAGCAGAAGAACUCUGCUGUCUCUGUAAAUCAAGCAUGCAGUGAGGGAUUUAUUGCUUUAAUUAACUACAUUUACUUGCAAAACCGACUGGACAGCCACACAAAAAGAAUUUUCCCAUUAAAAUUAGAAGCAAAAGCAUCGACCAACAACGCUUUAUUCCAGAUUCUUUAAAAGACCAUUUGUAAAUAAUCAGAAAUAAAAUAAACUAAAGAACUAUACGUAUAUGUCCAUUUGUUAGUUCCUAAAAAGUUGAAAAUUAGGUUAUCCACAUGUUUCCCUUUAAUUAACCUUCCGCAUCUAUAAUUAACAUGAGCGACUGAGGAUUAAACUUUUUUAACAAGGGAAUAACAUCCACCCAUAUCCUGAGUUAAGAUCCCUACUGACGACACACACACGCCCCGUAACAAUCCUCAGUGAAGUGAGUGAUAUAAAUAAAUAACUGAUCCAUUGAGCCAAGACCAGUCGAGCUCCCAGAAGCCCUCAGGAAACUCCCAGAGUUCCCUCUUGUACGUCAUCAGCACCUCCUGUUGCCUAGCACCCUCACACAUCACCCACCUGCUUGACGCCUUUGAAUUUUUUUUUAAAAACGCUUAAGAGUAUUUUAAUUUGAUAUUAACACAUUACAAACUUGAUCCAUAGCAUCCCGAGAUAAAUUAUGCUACUAGAGGAGAUGACAUGUGCCAGGUUUUUGUUUAGUUUUUUCAAUAAAAGUUUUGAGUUUAAGCCUCUGGAGAGAUGUCACGUAUCAGGGUUGAAUACACAAGAAGACAACUAAUUAUUGUGACUGAUGCCCCCCACGCAUUGAUCUCAUCUACCAAUGCUCUCCCCUACCCUCUCUCUAUGUGGCAUGCCAAUCAAUGCAUCCUAACCAAACUACCCUGUGGGCAGGAGGGAGGAGAAACUGCAACACUGUGAUGGAAAUAGUUGGAAAGGGGAGGGGAGACAGAGACGACAAACGAGCCUAUGAGAAAAUAUAUAAAUAUAUUUAUUUAUAGAGAGAGAGGGGGAAAGAGAGAGAAAUCAGAAACUCUACCAUAGCUUUAUCUAUCACAGCAUUCAUCCAGGCAGGCAGGUAUUGGCGUCUCCUUAAUCCAGGAUUAUAACCUUCAAGUCGGACAUGGAUAACGCUAAGGAUCCCUCCAACACCCUGGUGCUGACAUUUAAAGAAGACACUGCACUGACGGAGAUGAUGCGUCGUCGUGUGUCGUCUUUGCAGCGGUCAGGGCAGAAGCGUCAGGAUGGCGAACGUCUGCUUCUUCCCCAUGAGUCCGUGUAUCGGCUGGACUUCCCCACCCAGGAGCUGAACUUCUCCCGCUGGUACUUCUCCCUCAUCGCCUACGGUCGUGUCACCAUUACCGGUAUUUCCCAGCACUGGACCCCGGACCUCACCAACCUGAUGACCCGUCAGCUACUGGAGCCGAUCGGAACGUUUUGGCGAAACGCUGGCGACCCAGAGGAUUCGCCACUCAAAUGGCUGGAGGCGGACAUGCAGGAGUUCGGCGAAAGGAUUGCGGAGCUGGCCGGGGUCAGGAAGGUUAUGUACUUCCUGUUUGCUUUCAAGGAUGGGGCGGAGGCAGCAAAUCUUAGUUGCUCGGUGGAGUUUACAACAGACAAAUGACGCUUCACUUUUUGCCAGUAGAGUCCUGUUAGAUUACUGGAGAAUCACUGCAAUAUUUUGUUCAAUGCUUGACCUUUGAAAAACAUCACACUAGAGCUGAAUGACGAGUCUCACUGAUUAUUCUGUAAUUGUACAGUAACAAGAUUGUUUUUCCACCUCUUUAUUAAUUUGCUAUAGCAGCCAUGUCAAAAUUUAAUAACUUAAGCUUUAAAUAAAAUGUAUAAAGAGUGACUUGUUCUUUGAGUUGUUACUGUCUUUGCUGUUGUUGUUGUAUUGUGUUUCUGAAGAAUGUUACUGCUCACAGUAUAGACCGAUACAUGCAAAACAAGUAGCAGUGAAUGGAAUAUCAAAUAUUCACACUGGAUGACUGCCGGCCUGACACAAAACAAAGAUCAAUGGAGUGCCAUCUAUUAAAAAUCGACUGAAAGCUGUGUGUGUGUUCUCACUGGUGCUGAUUAUUAUUGGUGUUACUGGACAGAUGAAGAGGCGAGGGAGUAAGGAGGGAGGAAAGUCAGGUUUAUAAAUAAACCCCC